GGAAUCCCCUUGGAGGAAAUGUAGGCACAGACGCGCGCGGGGCUCCUCUCUCGCCCGUAUUCACCGUUCAGGAGCGAUCCAGCUGAAUUCUUUAGGCAAUAACAACAACUCCUAGACGUCAAAAUGAAAGUCUCCAGCAUAGACUGUCGGCGUCUGAGGAAAAUCAUCAGGAAGGAGUGUGGGAGCUGCCUUAUUGUGGAUUGCCGACCUUAUUUCUCAUUCACGAACUCCAACAUCAAAGGCUCUGUCAAUGUCAAUCUCAACUCAGUGGUGGUCCGGAGGUCUCGAGGAGGGCCGGUGCCCCUUCAGUUUGUCAUCCCGGACGAGAGAGCCCUGUUUCGGCUUCGGGAGGGGAGCAUAUCGGCUAUCGUAGCUCUGGAUGACCGGACGUCCCACUGGCAAAAACUGAAAAAGGACAGUGUAGCACAAAUAGUAAUAAACACCCUCUCACAUCUUGCGAGCGGGGCAAACAUCUGUUUCCUGAAAGGAGGAUACGAGAACUUCCACUCUCAAUACCCUGAACUUUGCACUGAGGUGAAAAUCAUCGACCAGAGCGGAACUGAAACCGAGAAAAGAGUCAACACCCACAGCGAGAAGCUUUCUCACCACAAACCAGAUUACGAUCAGGGUAAACCUGUGGAGAUCCUGCCUUUCCUCUACCUCGGUAGUGCCUACCACGCCUCCAGACAGGACUAUCUCAGCGACCUUCACAUCACGGCCUUGCUCAACGUGUCACGCAGGGACCUGCAGCCGGCCAAGGGCCACUAUGACUACAAGUGGAUCCCGGUGGAGGACAGCCACAUGGCCGACAUCAGCUCCCACUUCCAGGAGGCCAUAGAGUUUAUUGAUCACGUGAAGCAAUCAGGGGGAAAGGUCCUGGUCCACUGCGAAGCAGGCAUCUCACGCUCACCUACUAUCUGCAUGGCGUACAUCAUGAGGACGCAGCAGCUGCGGCUCGACGCAGCCUUCGACAUCAUCAAGCAGCGCCGGGCAGUCAUUUCACCCAACUUCAGUUUCAUGGGUCAGCUGCUGCAGUUUGAGUCAGAGGUCCUGUCCAUGGCUCCGGCUCACACUGCCACACCUGAACCGGCCACACCCUGCGUCCCAGAAUCUGCCUCUUUUUUUGCCAACGACUUCGCCACCACCUUCAACACCAAAAACUUUGAGCCAUCCGUGAUCACCCUCCCUACCUCUUACCUGCAGUCUCCGGUCCACCACCAGUUCAAACUGAGCCCAAUAACUGCACUGCCUUAAAAUGAACUGUGACUGCUUGUAGUCUUACUUGAAAAAAUAAAUAAAAUAAAAUAAAUGCUCUCUGUGUGCCUGGUGUUGAAACCAGCAGAGCAGAUAGACUGGAGAUCAGCAACAUAAGAGUCAAGAUAAUAGUGUUGUGUUCAUGGAACUUGAGGCCUAUGAAAUGAAUGGGCUGCAGGAGGCAUCGAUGCUGUUUUCCCGUCUUCUGACCUGCAGAGAUGUAACAACACAGCACAGUGGUAAACUGCAAUAUACAUGCCUUAGGUUGAUAUUGUGAUUCAUUUGCCUAUUCACAAAUAAAGAAAGGCAUUUAAAACCUAAUUUAUUUGAAAAUGACAGUCCGUCUGAUUUUUUCCAAUAAUGUGGAUGUUAAUAUGUGUUUAAUAAAUGUUUUCACCACAACAAUAAA